AUGAUAGUAACGCAGCGUCUUGUAACGCAGCGUGCCCGUAAGAGCCACAGACUCCGUUUUUCCUCUGGUGGCCGUUUUUCCUCUGGUGGCCGUUUUUCCUCUGGUGGCCGUUUUUCCUCUGGUGGCCGUUUUUCCUCUGCCAUACACACCCCGACGGACGAUGCGCGGAAGCGGAAUAGCCUGCCUGGUGAAGGGGAUAAGGGCGGGAAAGGCGCGGAGAAGGGCAAAGGAGGCGAGGAGGAGAAGGGCAGGGGGGAGGACGAGCGGAAGAAAGCUGACUGCGUGGGGAAGGACGUCGAAGGAGGGGUGGGGAAGGGAGGGGAGGGGGAGGUGGAGGGGGAUGAGAAAGUGAAGGAGAGGGAGAUGGAGGCUCGGAGGGCCAAGGAGGACGCGGAGAGGGCUGAAAGGAAAAGGUUACGAGAAGAAGCAAUGGAGAAGCUUAUAGCGGAGGAGACUACGAGGAGGCUUGAGGAGGCGAUUCGGGAGCGUGUGGAGCGAGAACUUACCUCAGAGGAGAUCAAGAGGGAAAUGGCGGCUUUAAUUGAAGAAGGCCGGAGGAAGCUUCCUGGGGAGGUGGCGAGAGUUUUAGAGGAGGAGAAGGAGGCUGCUGAGGAGGAGAAGAGGAGGAAAGAGUCAGCUUCAGAGGAGGAGAAGGAGGCUGCUGAGGAGGAAAAGAGGAGGAAAGAGGUGAGUGGGGAAGAGGGGAAGCGGGGAAGAGCAGAAGAGGGGAAGAGCAUUUGUUUGAGUCUGAUCUUUUAA